CUCAAGAGGUUCCUCUCCGUAGCUAACACUUAGCUAGCCGGCUAAUCUCCUGGAUAACGCAGUUAUUGAUGUUUAAGCGUUCGCGUCUGCGCGUCGUUUAAGUUGCAUUGCGUUUUAGGAGCUUCGUCAGUGACAGAAGAGAAGAAGAAAGCAGAGGACGAGUUCAGAUACGCUGGAUGUUUCACCACUAAUGCUUUCUCCUGGGAAGCUAACACAUCAGCGAGCCAGUUAGCUAGCAGACCUCCUGAAGUAGCCAAAUAGCAGCACUGUCCGGAUGCUUUGAACGGCAACGCCGCGGAUUUUGGGGAGUUUCUCGUCGGCCUUGGAUCAUGUCAGGUAACCGGCCGCAGCAGAACGCCGGUGGGGCGAGUUCGGUGCCCAGCACUAGUAGCACCAGCACGGGAGGCACCGGGAGCUCCACCGGUGGGGGCAGCGCCGUCUCCAGUAACGGUAACAAUGCUGGAAAUGUUGUGCCCUCAAGGACCCUGGCAGUAGCCGGAGAGGGCGGCUUAUCGGUGCCAACUUUGGCCGCCGUGCCGUCGUCCCGGGGCGGGUUUGCCUCUCUUAGCCGACCGUCAGGGUCGUCAGGCAGCAAGAAGAAGUCUCUGCACCAAGCUCCUCUUUGUAACGGCCUCUUGAACUCUUACGAGGAUAAAAGCAACGACUUUGUCUGUCCAAUAUGCUUUGAAAUGAUUGAAGAAGCUCACAUGACGAAGUGUGGACACAGCUUUUGUUUCAAGUGUAUCCGGCAGAGUUUGGAGGACAGCAACAGAUGUCCAAAGUGUAACUAUAUCAUUGAUAACGUGGAUCAGCUCUACCCAAACUUUCUUGUAAAUGAAUUGAUCCUUAAACAAAAACAACGAUCAGAGGAGAAGAGACUAAAAUUAGACCACCCUAAUGGGUCCCGGUGGCAGGUGUUUCAGGAUGUGUUGAGUCCGGACCAGGAAAACUUGGACCUGGCAAAUGUCAAUCUGAUGCUUGAGCUCCUGGUUCAGAAGAAGAAGCAGCUGGAGGCGGAAUCCCAAGCAGCUCAGAGACAGAUCCUCAUGGAGUUCCUAAAAGAAGCCAGAAGAAACAAGAGAGAGCAACUGGAGCAGCUACAGAAAGAGCUCAACUUUCUUGAAGAUGACAUCAAGCGUGUCGAGGAAAUGAGCGGGCUGUACUCUCCGAUGAUGGAGGCAGAGUGCACGGUGCCGAAUGUUGAGGCUCCCUCACCAGCGCCCAGCUGCAGUAGUAUUAUUGAGCCAUCAGACUACAGCCAACCUCCAGGUUUUGGUGGAACAACCCAGGGGAAAAGACAGACGUGGUACAACAGCACGCUGGCAUCAAGGAGGAAGAGGCUGACGGCUCAUUUUGAAGAUCUGGAGCAGUGCUACUUCUCCAAUAAAAUGUCACGCAUCACAGAUGAAGGCAGAAACUUGAACCAGUUGGAUGAUUUUAUGGAGUGUCUGGCAAAGUUUACUCGCUACAACUCCGUGAGGCCGCUCGCCACCCUCUCGUAUGCCAGUGACCUCUACAACGGUUCCAGUAUUGUUUCAAGUAUCGAGUUUGACCGUGACUGUGACUACUUUGCCAUCGCUGGUGUGACAAAGAAGAUUAAAGUGUUUGAGUAUGGCACAGUGAUCCAGGACGCCGUGGACAUCCACUAUCCCGUUAAUGAGAUGACCUGCAACUCCAAAAUCAGCUGUAUCAGCUGGAGCAGUUAUCACAAGAACCUCCUGGCCAGCAGUGACUACGAGGGUACAGUCAUCCUGUGGGACGGAUUCACUGGCCAGAGGUCUAAGGUCUACCAGGAGCAUGAAAAACGAUGUUGGAGCGUGGACUUCAAUCUGAUGGACCCGAAGCUGUUGGCCUCAGGUUCUGAUGAUGCAAAAGUGAAGUUAUGGUCGACCAAUCUUGAUAACUCAGUGGCCAGCAUUGAAGCAAAGGCCAAUGUCUGCUGUGUUAAAUUCAGUCCAACCUCCAGGUAUCACCUGGCAUUUGGCUGUGCAGACCACUGUGUCCACUACUAUGAUCUACGCAACACUAAGCAGCCGAUCAUGGUGUUUAAAGGCCACAGGAAGGCAGUGUCCUACGCCAAGUUUGUAAACGGAGAGGAAAUAGUCUCUGCGUCAACAGACAGUCAGCUGAAGUUGUGGAACGUCAACAAACCUCACUGCCUGCGCUCCUUCAAGGGUCACAUUAAUGAGAAGAACUUUGUAGGCCUGGCCUCCAAUGGAGACUAUGUUGCCUGUGGCAGUGAAAAUAACUCCCUGUACCUGUACUACAAAGGACUUUCUAAGACACUGUUAACAUUUAAGUUUGACACGGUGAAGAGCGUCCUGGACAAGGACAAGAAGGAGGACGACACCAACGAGUUUGUCAGCGCUGUCUGCUGGAGAGCCCUGCCUGACGGAGAGUCAAAUGUUCUGAUUGCUGCAAACAGUCAAGGAACGAUCAAGGUGCUUGAGCUUGUCUGAAGUCCUCCCAUAUCUCCGGCGUGCAACAGAAGCCCCAUCAGCUUCUCUGUUUGGUAGAGGAUCAGCGUGAUGCAGGGAGAGCUCAGGCUGCCUGCUGAACUGGGAUACCUGACGACAGCGGGAGAGCUGAAAUAAACUGUCUUAUUUUAAUGAGCUAUAAUUUUUGGCACAGCUGUACAGACUUUUGAGCAGUGCAUUCGUAUAGCAGGAGAAGAUGUGCUGUCAUUGGACAGCAAAAACCCAGAGGACCGAGCUUGGGCACAAACAGAACAAGAGACUUUUUUUUUUUUUUACAAAGCAGUUUGUUUCAUUUCAUUCAAGUUAUAUCAGCAACAUUAGAUCACCUCUUUAUGAUUUUAGGUCAAAUAAAAGUGUACCUUUUUAAUUAUGCUCGCAAAGGUACAUCCAGCCAAACGCUAGCUGUGUGAUGCAUUUUCCCUUUUAAAGGCCAAAGCACAAAAGAGAAUGACAUGCAAAACUAAUGUCUUCUAAUGAAGCUUUUAACCCACCUCAUUGUUUGUCAGCCAUCCAUUUUCCUUCUUUAUGUGUAAUUUUUGUAUUUUCAGAGUGGGAGGAGCCAGUUUUAAUAAAUAUGACUUGAAUUUCAUUCUUACCAUCAGCUCAUUCUCUGGUUUGUGAGUAUAGUAUGUGGCGUAGUGUGCAAGACUCAUGAAAGACCAAUGGAUUCUGGGAAAUGUUUAGGAACUCCAUAUAUUUCUGUUACUGUCUGAACAAAAUGAGAUUUAACAUGUUUAUCACAGCCAUUCUUGUUUAAUUUAAGACAUUGAUCUGUGAUGCUGCAUUGAACUGGAUUAUUUCUCCACAUGUGAGACAUUUUUUCUUCUUGAAAACCUCAAUAAAUCUGACUUAUUUCUCUUAUAGUAGCAAUUACUCUUCACAUACUGUAGGUUAAACCAUCUGAGCUGAGCUAACAUCGAGUAAACUGCUGUCAGUUUCUGUGGAGUAGUGAUCCAUGUUCACAUUGAUAUCCAGAGGAUUUGGUAAACUUCGCCGAGAAAAACCUAUUUUAUGAUAACUGAGUGAGAGAGAGCUGUUUUGUAUUUGUAAGACUCAAUAAAUUAUUUCCAAACA